CAGGUGCCCUGAGGUGCAAGAAGAGGCGAGGGGCGGCGCGCGUCCCGUUCACACGGUUCGGGGCUGUGAGCGAGGGCGGGGCGGGUCUGGGGUAGCGCGGGCGGCAGUCGGCGCAGGACGCUCAACAAGUGUGUGUCGCCCGUCGAUCACCACCGCCUCCGCCGCCGCCGCCACUUUCCCGACAGGGACAGAGGAGCGAGCAGCGCCUCCGCCGGGCAGGUUUCCAUCAGCGACCACACUUUACGGUGAAAGAGAGGAGGAGUUACGAAGCGGGGAACACUGUGCCCCAGGAGCGACGCGCCGUGGGGGCGGAGUGUGGAUGUGUGCGGAACGGCAUUACGAGCACAGCAUCCUGGUGACGGUGCGGUGAUGCGUCAGGGAAAAUAGUGAACGGCAAAGCUUCUUGUCUGAGAUAUUCACCAUUUCUUGGUGUUCCGCACACCAGACACUGCGAAAGUGAAACAGCGAGAGUACGAAAGAAAAACGGUGUUCACGUCGCCAUGAAUCACUGCCACGCUUCCGCCGCCCCUCACACGCCCCUCACCUGCUGAUCUCCAUGCACCCACACCCUCCCUCUUGAAGACCAUAUUCCAUCCCGUUACUUCCCCUCACUAUCCCUCACCUUGCUCCUGUAACUCCCAUCAACCUCUCUCUCUCUCUCUCUCUCUCUCUCUCUCUCUCUCUCUCUCUCUCUCUCUCUCUCUCUCUCUCUCUCUCUCUCUCUCUCUCUUUUAUCCUAAGGAGUAACACCUCUGUCUCAACCUACAAACCCUCUGAAUCAACUUAGGCACACGCCACACCACGAACGCCUCAUCCCCGCGCGUCUGUCCUUCCACGGGAUGAGAAUGCCCGCUCUUCGCCGUGGAUAGUGCGGUAGAAGCAGAGCCGCCCCUGAGCAAGGCGGCCGACAAGACCAUGUGCUCUAGCGCGGCUCCCGGGGAAGGGGGAGAUGGGGUCCCCUCCACACUGCCCCCCCGGAACCCUCGGCCCACCACCAGCACCACCACCACCACGAGCACGGACGUGAAGAUGAGGCGCUUCACGCUGCCCAACCUUUUCCUGACGGUGGAGGGGCAAGACCGCCAGCUAGAGGAGAUAUGCCCGGGCAUCUACGAGUACACGGGUCACCCCAAGUCACCGCGCUCCCCGAGGUCACCCAAGUCGCCACGGUCACCAAGAAGCACCAAGAGCACGUCCCCCAACAGCCCCCGCGCCCCACAUUGCCAGUGCCACUGCCCCCGCCUGCACCGCCAGGAUGAGCCGUUCUCGUCAUCAGCGUCCCCAAGCCCGAGGAGGAAGCGGCCGCCCUACAGUCACAUUCUGCUGGGGGAGAGGAAGCCUUCAGCGGGGAACCUUCUGGCCACCACCUUCGGCAUAGCAGACAGAGACGCCCCCACACAGUCCCUGCCGCUCAUCCACGAGAAGGAGAAGGAGCACGCUCGACUGGUGGUGGAGAGGCCGGAGAUUAAGGACACUCAGGCGGGCUUCGAGGCGCUGGGUGGGCGGUGCGAAUCCUGCGGAACGUGCACGGAUAGCUGCCUCAAGAAGCUGGGGCUGGAACAUGAGGACGGCUCCCGCUCCCCGUCCAGCAUCUCCCCGAAGUCAGAGAAGAUGUACACCUUCUUCGAAAAGUCCCUCUCGCUGGUGAGCUCUUCCCCCACCAGGUUCGGCGACCACCUGGUACCGCGGGAAAAAAGAAGUCAUUCCCUGGCCACUCCUUCAGCCAUGGCCAACGUGGUGCACUUUCAGGAGCUGCACAGCCGCCACGCCGAGAGCCAUCUGUUGCGCACCGUCAACAUGGCCGCCUCCAACGCCGUCCUCUCUCGCAUCUCGGCGCGCCUCAAGGCUGUCACCACCGCCACGCAGCAGGAGUCCGUGGAGGAGGUGGACGAAGAGGUGGAGGCUCAGGCCGCAGCUGCCACCCCAGGAAGAAGCCACCAUCACCACCACCACCACCACCACCAUCACCACAGCAACCACCACAAAUCACCACCACCACUGCCACAGCCACGGCCACCCACAGCGGUGCUACCACUCCCCAGGAUGCCGCCAGCUCACAUAAGAAGCCCCACGGCGGCACCACGCCCACCACCAGCACCGCCACCUUCCCAUCCCUGGGCAGCAAUGCGCAGGGCAAAGUCAACGCCAACCGCAAGUGACGCAGGUGGUGGGGACACGCCUACCCAAGCCAAAGACGGCGCCUCACCUCCUGACGACGCGCCAUCCCCCGGCAACCCUGGGAAGGAGGAGGGGCUGAAGGAGGCGGAGGACCAUAAAUCAAAGAAUGGGAGACAUGGAAGGAAAGGCAACAGACGAAGCAAAGGAAGCAGAGACAGAGAAAUCCACUGACGACGUGGAGAAGCCCUCUGGUAAACUAAACGACUCGUCACCUCACGCAGAAGAGGAAGAAGCGACACCUGAGGCUCAGAAUACGGACGGGGAUGAGUCAGCUACGUGAGCACCUGGACUGGACAGCUAGAAGUAUAGUCCUGCGUCUCUGGGGACUCCAAAGGACUGACGUGCGAGUGACGGGUGUGGGCCGCUGCGCCAUGCCCAUGCUUGAAUAUAUUGAUAAACUGAUACAUUUACCUCCUGUGAUAACCUUGUCGCCUCAUUCUUUACCUUUAUUCCCCUGGCUGCCUUGACGAAGCCGUUUAAUGUCAACAUUUCUUUAACAUUUCCAAGCUGCAUUUUUUAUUUUUUUUUUAUUUGAAACGCUGGACAAUGAACACUAAUUAACAUAUUGAAGCGAGAUGGACUAUGUCUUUGCCAGCGUUUGAAAGAAGGCACGACCCCCUAGCUUAUUUUAAUUCACAAACUGGAAGGAAAUUAAACAUGAGGAAUAGUCUCAUUCCCCUUUCAGCACUUCUUUAUUCCUUUAUUAUGCUUCUCAUUAUAAAAUGCUGAGUCGUUUUAGAGUGUUGGGGAGUGACUGCUAGUAACCAACAAUUCAAAAGUUAACAAAAAGACGUUGUCUAGAUUCAUUCAUCUAGCUUUUUUACUACUGUGCCUGACGGUGUGGGCCUUGAAAUGUUCUGAAAUGUCUGGAAAAUUAACGACAUUCAGAAGGCGGCUUGGGUUUCUCGUCUUUCUCUCAACGCCCCGCCGAGCAUGUCUGGCGGGACACGGGCAGUGGAGCCUCUGUGCACCUCCUGACACACACACAUACACAUACACACACACACACACACACCACACACACACACACAACACUGGGUUUCUUCAGCUUCUCACCACCACACUCUCUACUGCACUAUACCCACACCACACAAACACCAACGUUAUGCUAACACUACUACACCAUUACAAGACUGUACUUCGGCUCUUCUGCCUGCCUGCUUGCCUAUCUGUCUGUCUGUCUGUUUGUCUGACUGUCAAUCAAUCUGUUUGUCUGUCUGUCUGUCUGUCUAUCUGUCUGUAAGCCUAUCUGCUUGUAUCCAUUAAUAAAGAGACUACGUAUGAAUGAGAGGAUAUGUAUGUAUGUAUGCAAGUAUUUCAGUAUGUAUGUUUAUAUGUAUGCAUAUGUAU